CAAGGAGAUACAUCGUGGACAGACAUUUUAAUUCUGGUUGUCAACUAGUUGUCGACAGUCACACCCCGCAGAUCAUGCAAGAUGAAGUAAAGAUUAUGAUAUAUGUAGUAUCAUAUCACAUGCAAUUAAUAUAAGGUCCCCCACCCAUCAUCCUCAUCAGUUGCCAACCACUGAAAUGGACGAGAGAAUAUACGAACUAGACAGACAAGGCGACAUCACCUUUCUCGUCUACGAUGUCCCCGAGUCCCUCCCACGGACCCUGGACCAACUGCACCCCCUCCUGCUAGACGGUUCAACUCCAAACAGCACCUCUGCAGCAGAAGCAGCAGAAGCAGCAGCAGCAGAGGAAGAAGGACCCACCCAAAUCCAAAAAUCCCAAGCAAUUCUCAAAAUCCGCGCCUCCUCCAAACACCUCACGCUGGCCUGCCCCCAAUUCAUCCGCACCCUACACAGCGGCUUCCAGGAAUCCCACUCCCUCGAGGAAACGGGCCACCUGACCCUCGAAAUCGACAACUGGGAUCCCGCCGCCUUUCUCGUGCUUAUGCUGAUCCUGCACGGACGCACGCGCCCCGUGCCCAGGAAACUAACCCUCAGCAAACUCGUCGACUUCGCCGUGCUGGUAGACUACUACGAGUGCUACGAGGCGGUCGAGGUCUUCACCGAUAUGUGGACGACGGCGCUGAAGAAGACGGUGACGGCUACAUCUCUGACGUCGCUGGCGCGGGCGGAGGAGUGGCUGUUUGUCUCCUGGGUGUUUCAGCAUCGGCAGACGUUUGCGCAGGCGAGCGGGUAUCUGCUAGGGAAUCUCACGGGCAGGUUUUGCUCGGAAUUACCGAUUCCAAGGCGGGUUUGCGAUGCGAUUGAUCGGGCGCGGGAGGAUGCUAUAACCAGGGUUCUUGACAGACUGCAUGACCGGUUCGCUGUGUUGCGCUCGGAUAAGGUGCAGUGCUCGUAUGAGUGUGACUGUAUGCUUCUAGCAGCCCUCACGAGGCACAUGCAUCGACUUGGGAUAUUGGAGAGGCCGGCGCCGCCGUUUGAGGGGAUUGGGGCCGGGCAGCUGGCGAAGGAGGCGCCGGGAGGUACGGGGGAUGUGGUGAAGGUUGUGGACUUGGAGGAGUUGACUGAGCUGAGGAGGAAGUGACUGACAAGCCGACUGUGUAGUCAUGCAAACGUUAUAUUCUAUCUUUAUGUCUAUAUGC